CGCCAGUAGGUAAUCCUUUAUCACUACGCGGUUGGCGCGAGGACCCUUAGGGGUGUAUUGUGUGCGCGAGACAGAAUGGGUGGAAGGUAGACGGCAAGCAUGAGAGAGACGAGCUGUGAAACAUCAGUGAGAUGUUCGGGAAGGUGGUAUGAUGGAAGGUUCGGAAAAGGAAAGGGAAACGUGUAAUGGAACGUCCUUCCCAUGGCUCGCUCGUACAGACAACAGGUUUUGGAAACUCGCCGACUGCUUUUCUUCUCUCCAGCAAACUGCCCCGGCUGCACACCACCAGAACAAUUUCAUGGAAGUCCGUAAGCCUGUGUUGGAACUGAAAGAUGUCCCUCCACCUCCACUACACAGUGCCUCUCAGCAGCCUCUUGCUCUGGCCCCCAAGCCUGUGCCUCCUCCCUGCCAACUCCCUUCAGACCCUCAACUCCCCCAGCAGCCCCUCUCUCAGCUGCAGCCUGGUAGCCCUAAAGUAAGCUUGUGUUCCCGCUGUGAAUGCAGCCUGCACGUCCAACAGCACUCGGGCUCCUUUGAAGCCAGGGCCCACAGUUUAGGUGACGGUUUCGGUGGUGGCUGUAGCAUUAGCAGCAGCGUUAAUCCUAGCACUGGUGGUGGUGGUCGUCCUGCACUUUUUUCCCCUACACAGCUGCAGACCCCGCAGAGUUUUGGGUUCCGGGUGGCCUCAGUAGCCACGUCUCAGCCCAUGGCAGCUCACACACACCCGUCCUGCUGCGGGCAUCUUCACACUUUUUCUCCUGUCUCAGCGGGUCGCCUGCAGUCAAAUCACGGGCCCUGUGUGGCCUUACCCGGGUGCUGCCGCUGUAGCGAGGAGCAUCGGGUGGAACAGCACUACCAUUCACACAGUGACACACAAUCCUCUACUCACCUCUGCACUAACCCUUUGUACCUCGAGCACAACACCGUCUGUCAGCAGGGAGCACACUACUGCCAUCAGUGUUUAAGAAAGCCCACACAGGGUUUGGGUGCUGCUGACUCUGAGAAGGUUUGGCCGAACAUCCCCCCUCCUCAGCCCUGCCCUUCUACUGUACCUAUCUGUAACGGCUGUAGAGUUCCUGGAACACCCAACGAUGGCAUUCUGCACCCCACCAGCAUUGGAAAAAUUAACCAGAAAUAUGGGUCAACUGAAGGUGGUGGGCAAGAGUCCUUGCCCCCAGUGGGUGUGUUUUGGGACAUAGAGAACUGUGCUGUGCCCAGCGGACGUUCAGCUGCCACUGUAGUUCAAAGACUCCGUGAGCGUUUCUUCCAGGGACACCGCGAGGCCGAGUUCAUCUGCGUGUGUGACAUCAGCAAAGAGAACAAGGCUGUCAUUCAGGAGCUUAACAACUGCCAGGUCACUGUUGCUCACAUAAAUGCCACAGCCAAAAAUGCUGCUGAUGACAAACUCCGACAGAGUCUCAGACGCUUUGCUGAAACGCACACCGCUCCUGCCACAGUCAUCGUAGUUUCUUCUGAUGUGAACUUUGCCAGUGAGCUGAGUGACCUUCGACAUCGCCACGGCUUCCAGGUUAUUCUGGUGCACAAGACUCAAGCAUCACCUGCUCUCCUGCAGCAUGCACACCUUCACGUCCUGUUUGAGGACUUGGUCUCUGAAUUGCCUCCCAGGAUGCUAAUCAAAUCACAGCCCUGUCUCAACCUUCUCUUUGUGCACAACCUCCCCACGCACCGUGACACCAAGUCUGUCAGUAGCAGGCUUCAGCGCCUGUCCAAUAACUGCGGUGGGAAAGUGCUGGGCGUGUCCGGCGGCACCGCUGUGCUCCGAUUUGCCAGUGCAGAGGCAGCUGAGCGCGCCCGUAAGCGCAUGGAGAACGAGGACGUCCUGGGAAACCGCAUCACUCUGUCAUUUUCCCCCGAUGGGCUACAGGAGGAGGAGGCGGCGGAGCCGUCUCGGCCUGCUGCCUCUUCCUCCUUUUCUAGCGGCCUGUUCCUCCCAGUGGAGAAGCUGCGGUCACCACGUCGCCCCAGGCGGGCGUCGCGAGCCUCACAAAAUGGCAGGGAUGCUGGGGUAAAUGUUCCAGAAAGACCUUACAGCCCUAGGAAAGUGGGGCAUGCUUCUUCCUGCAGCCCAGUGUUGAAGUCCCUUUCCCAGGACUUGAGUGGUAUGGAGUCUAAGGCCAGGACAGGUUUCCCUCUGGAGAAAGUCCGUGCUGCAUCUGCGUCUCCUCAGAGCAAUGGCCUGUCUUCUCAGCUGCAGCCUGCUAAACCAGCCUUCCCUGCAGAGCUCCUGCAACGGGGCCGCAGGAGAGAGUCGUGCAGCCUGCGCACUACUACAGAUUCUCCAGCAGAGUCAUUUCAGGUGAGCACACCAUCAGCUUUCAGCAAACUCAACCUGCACACUUCCUUCAGCCCGCUGAUGUUCUCGCAGGGAUCUUGGUCCUCAAGGAGUGCAUCUCCGUGUCUGUCCAACCGUUCAUCCCCGCUGAGUGUUCCCUCUCGUAGCCCGUGUCCCGACUCUCAGACCGAGCCUUUCUCAGACGGUGCAGAUAUCCAAGUAGCCAAUCUCGAUUACAGGAUGUCCAGGAAAGAGUUGCAGCAGAUCCUGCUCGACACCUUCGCCAAGCAUGGCAGGGUGAAAUCUGUUGAGCUCAGUCCUCACACAGACUACCAGCUCAAAGCUAAGGUACAGAUGGGUUCUCUGCAGCAGGCUAUCGGAGCCGUCAGCAUCCUUCACCGCUACAAGAUUGGCAAUAAGCGCAUCCAUGUCUCCCUCAUUACCGGUGCAAAUAACAAAUCCCUUACCUGCCUCAGCUCCGAGAUUAUCAGUAUUCUUCAGGAUUCUCCAGCAAACUGUCUUCCACUGUCUAAAUUCACUGAAAUUUAUGAGAAAAAAUUUGGCCGUAAACUUGUGGUGAGCGAUCUCUACAGAUUGCCAGAGGUAGUGGCUGUUCGUGAACAGAGUGGAGGGCGCUUGGUUUGUCUUCUGUCUAGCAGCCUAGCUAGGCAUAGUCCCCUGGGCUCCUCCCAGUCUCAUGAUGGCUCCUCCACCAGUGGCAGUCCAGUGGUCUUUGAGGAGCUCGAGUAUCACGAGCCUGUCUGCAAACGUCACUACACAGAGCAAGAUUUCAGUGAGGCAGAUUAUGACCCUGACACAUAUAAGAUCCCGUUUGUUGUGGUGUCUCUGAAAGCCUUAUCUGCACACGUGCACAGUCUGCUGCAGUCGCAUGAGGGUACUAUCCCCUUGCUGAGUUUCCCAGAAUGUUAUGCGUCAGAGUUCAGUCCGUUGACGGUGGCUGAAGAAGGAAAGCUGGAGGGUAGUGUUCCGCUGGAGCACCUUAUUACCUGUAUACCAGGUAUCACCAUUGUAACUGCACAGAAUGGCUAUAAGGUCAUCAAAUGGAUCCACAACAAACCCCCACCACCCAAUGCAGACCCCUGGCUGCAGCGCUGUAAGAGCCCAGUAGGAAAUCCACAGUUGAUCCAAUUCAGUCGAGAAAUUGUAGAUCUGAUGAAAAACCAGCCCUCCUGCUUGAUGCCUAUAACUAAAUUCAUCCCUGCCUACCACCAUCACUUUGCCAAGCAGUGCCGGGUCUCUGAUUAUGGCUACACCAAACUGCUGGAGCUGCUGGAAGCUGUACCACAUGUACUACAGAUCCUGGGCCUGGGCUCUAAAAGGUUGCUGACCCUCACACACAGGGCGCAGGUGAAGCGUUUCACUCAAGACCUGCUCAAACUGCUCAAGUUUCAGGCGAGCAAGCAGGUCAUCGUCAGGGACUUCAUGCAGGCCUACCACUGGUGUUUCUCCAGAGACUGGCGAGUGGUUGACUACGGGCUGUGUGACUUGGUGGAUCUGCUGAGUGAGAUUCCUGACACGACUAUCACCAUCACACAGCAGGAUUCAGAGACUGUAAUAUCUGUGCCUAAGAGAGAGCGGACUGCAGACGAGAUCGAGCGCACCAGACAGUUCGGGAAGGAGGUGGUAGAUCUGCUGCGGCACCAACCGCACUUCCGCAUGCCCUUCAGCAAGUUCAUCCCCACUUAUCACCACCACUUCGGGCGCCAGUGUAAGCUCACCUACUAUGGUUUCUCCAAGCUCGUGGAGCUGUUCGAAGCCAUUCCUGAUGUCCUUCAGGUGCUAGAAUGUGGCGAGGAGAAGGUACUGGCUCUCACUGAGGUUGAGCGUGUAAAGGCUCUGGCAGCUCAGCUGGUGAAGCUCUUGCGUGCUCAGAAAGACUCCACCCUACCUGUUACCCAGCUGCUAGCUGAGUACAGCAAGACCUUCGGUUACGGACUUCGCCUGCAGGAUUACGAUGCCAGUACGCUGCCUGCCCUUCUCACCAAACUCUGUCAUGUGGUCAAGGUGGUGGAUGGAGCUGAAGAAAAAGAAGUCCAGCUUAUCAACAGAAAAUCACUACGUACUCUUACAUCACAGUUGUUGUCUAUAAUGAUGUCACUUCCCGAUGAGCACAACUGGCUGGGAGUGGAGGCACUGCAGAAACAGUACGAGUCAGUGUAUGAUCAGCAGCUCAACCCCUGCGAAUACGGCUUCGUCUCCCUCACUGAGCUGCUUAAGAGCCUGCCCUACCUGGUGGAGUUGUUCGAGGAGGAGGAGGAGGAGGAGGGUAAUAAAACCAAAGAGCAAGUACGGUUAACUCGGCUGUACCAGUUCGCUCGAAAAGUCCGAGCCCUCCUGCACACCUACCACUAUAACCAGAUCUUCCUGACUGAGUUUUGGGGUGCCUUUAGCAAGUACACAGGCCAAGAGUUCCAGCCUCGUGACUAUGGAUACAGCAGUCUGGACGAACUCCUGACUGCCAUACCGCAGGUCGUCUGGAUCAAAGGCCAUGGUCACAAGAAGAUAAUAGUCCUGAGGAAUGAUAUGAAAGCUCGCAGCAGCCCCGCCAACACGGAGAGCCCUCAACCUGAGGAGGCCCGAGAGAGCCAGAGCCCUGACAGCACAAACAGCCCAGGUGGCAGUACUGGUGAAGCGGAACUGCUGUGUCUAAGCUCCGGUUCUCCCGUGGACCUGCUGUGCGGGCCAGUUCCCUCCUGCCUGCCUUCGCCUCAGCUACAUCCUGACCCGGUUCUACUCCAGCACAGAGACCUCAUCCGAUUUGAGGAGCACUCUCACAGCCAGCCCACGGGCGGCACCGGAGAGGAUCAGGCCGUCCACGACCGUCAGCCUCAAACAGCUCUGACGCCGACUGAAUGCUGCUUAUCUUCAAAUGAAGAGAGUAAUAUGGAGAAAACAUCAGUGUGCAGCGUAGGUGAAGAUGCCAUCGACGAUGUCGAAAAGGAUGCAGAAUGUCCGAGUGGAAAUGCUAGAUCUAAUAAUACUCCCAAGCCCUCGGAACCUCCCAAUCUUAAACCCUUGGCCACAGAAAGCCCCAACAAAAGAGCCUUCCGGAAUAAGAUAAAACUUGCAGCUAAUUUUUCCUUCUCUUCAGCGCCCUUAGUCUAAUGUUACUUGUUAAUCAGAUCGAGCUCCCAAAUUCCAUAGUGUUUUAUUUUAUUACGUUUUUUUUUGACCGCUCUGGUAAAAAUAAAUAAAAUGAGAUGCUUAAGCGGCCAGCGAAAUAAAUCCACGCAACUCUACAGAGCUGCGGCUGUGAGGGAUUUGAUCUGACUAAAGGUAGCCUGAAGGGGACAUCCCUCCCUGUGCUUCUAAUUCUUCUUCUGCUUCUGUCUCUCAAAACGUUCAACGCACUUGCUCGUAAUUUAGUUUUUUACAGUUUUGUUUAGUUAGUUGGUGUAAAUCCUGAGUAUUUCAAUAUUCUGAGUUUUACGUUCUGCUGAAAAAUCGCGUCUUCUAGGAUACGUUUACGAAACAUGAGUUUAUAUGAAACGAAAACACACCUUCAAGUUAGCUGUAACCAAGGCAACCCUGUGCUGUUUUUGGGUAUCAUGGUUUUCACCAAAUUGAUUUCCUGGUCAGGUUUGAAAUCCUCUGACUGACCCUGCUCUUCCUGCACACGAUAUUGUAACAAAUGCAAAGGAGACGUCAUCUCCUAUUUAUGCACAGGAUGUUUUUUAAAUAAUAUUAAGUUAUUGAAUGAGGGAGUUAAAUAUAUAAAAUAUAAGAAUCUUUAAAAUGAUGUAAAGUCCUUAUGUAUUUGUAGGAUUUCUGCAACUGUGUCCUUCAGAAAUCUUUAGAGAUUAAUGUCUAAAGGUUUUUUUUUUUCCUUUUCCCCAGAUACGGGUUUAGAGUAAAUUUCUGGUCCAUGAUUUAGUGCACAUGUUGAUGUUGGAGUAUUGGCAUUCUGUUCAAGAUAUUAAGAGUGCAGUUCUCUUCAGUAGAGAUUAGGAGAUGAGCAGGUGUCACUUUGGAUGUUUGAGCUAGGUCCAGGGCACGCAUGCAGGAUCAAGUCAAGGUCGUGUCAGAGCUCUUUGCUAACUUGAAACGCGCAAUUCGGCAGCUGAUGUCGACAACGAAAGAUUAGUUGGUGCGUGCAAAACUCUGUGGUUCUACCGGCAGAGUUCAAGCAGAAGCUCUAUUUUAGUUUUAGCGGUGUACGCAGCUCGCGCUCUGUUUUGUUUCAAUUGUUUUGUGUGAAAUUUUAUAUGCACAUGGUGCAUAGAUAAUUUCCUGUUUAAUGUGGCGAUCUAGCAGCUGUAGAGUUUUAAUCUGUUUGCUUCCUGCUUUUCAAAAAGGUUCAUGAUGGCAAGAGCCAAGGUUGUUUUCUUUAACCUUGAUCAGUUUCUUUGGAUCUGUUAACAGUCUGCACUUAUUCUUCGUGCAAGACUUUAGCAUGUGACAUUUAGAGAUGGGUUUUAAAUGCACCGGAGUCAAGGAUGGUACGCGCUCAGAGUGGAAAAACACUGUGGUAUCAGGGGGACACACACAGGCCCUCUGAUUUAUUUCUUUUUCUUUUUCUGUGGACGAAGCUGGGGCUUUUUACAAUGGCUUGUAUCAGCCUUGGCACCAUCAGAGAUGAAGAGCGAGAAAGCUGGUAGGGCGUUCCCUCCUACACUCACUUAGUGUGUUGUUGUUUUUUUUUUUUGACUUUUUUUUUUUUUUUUGGUCUUGUUUAGUGGGUUUCUUGGGACCGAAGACUUAUCCUGCAUCUGUUUGUGCUGUCUGGGUUAUCCCAGGACAAAAAAAACAAAACUAAAAAUCCCAGCCUGAACAUCUGACAAGCUACUCUUCUGAUCUGUUUUUGUGCAGCAAGAAUCAUGUUUUGGCAGCAUCUUCCUCUAAAAUAGCUUUCUGUUUUUAUUGUGAAUGUAUGUGAUUCGUUGACCAAUUUCUUGGGCUCUGGCCUUGAACCUGAUGGUCAUGAAAAUGGCUGCUCAUUUCAUUUAACAAGGUCUUGCUGUGAGUUUAAUGCAGUCUAUUCCAGUUUUAGUCAAGUGUAAAGCUCAUGUUCCUAAUUUCGUGACUCGCCACCACGGAGUGGCUGCAUUAUGUCCCGAAUGAUUUACUUUCAUCCCAUAUUAAAAGAGCUGAUUUAUUAUUUUUUAAAAUAAAGAUUAUCAAAGGCCUGAUAUUUGUUUCAUGUAGAGUACCUUAGAGCUGAGUCACACCGGUCGUAACGAGUACGCUUUUAGUUUGCUGUUUAGUUGGGGGAGAUUGUUUGGUUACAGCUAACUUGGAGGACAAAUCUUUGAACAUCUUAUUUGUUGCGCCACAAUGAGAAGCCAAACUUGUUUGCCUAUGCACUUUUGCAUAGUUUUGAUUUAUUAAAUACCAUUCUACCCAGGGUGUGAUGUUAAUAACGUUCAAACGUUCAUGGCAGUUACAACCAUUUAGUUGAGCAACGUCUCUUUUCCAGCAUGGAAUGUUUUUUUUUUUUUUGGUUUGUGAUUAGGGGUCACCUGUGUGUUUCCAAAAUGACCUUGAGCAAGUGCAGUUAGAACAAAGGUUCAUGCUGGACUGAUCCUGAUUCUAUCCUAAUGUAUCUAACCAGUAUUGUGAAUGAUCUUGUUAGAAAGCCAACAAGUAAUUACUAAUUUGGGAGACACUCUUGGGUAUAAAAUGAUGCACAGGCUCAAGAUGACUGUACAGUAGUUCUCUUCACCAGAGGCACAAUGUCAUCAUGUUCACCUAAAAUUCUGUGCCCCAUUUUGUUUCUUGCUAAUUGCACUUGAGUUGCAUGUUUUUUCUUUAAUAUUGUGAUUUCUUCCUCUGCUCACUGUCACUUACCCCCCACCCCCCCCCCCCCCCCCCCAUCAUCAUCAUCAUCGCAUUUCACUUCUUUGUGAAGUUCCCGAAAUAUUUCUGUUUAAUAAAUUUCACAAGCAUCA